AUGGCCUUUACUUACUUUGGGAGAAGAACAAGUGUCCCUCUAAAGAAUGUCCCCCAGCUUCCCGAGGCAUCUUUUGGCAGCAGUUACUGUAAAUUUUUAGUUUUGGAUCAGUUUGGUGAGCUUUUGCCCUAUCUUUUUCAGCUAGAGGCACUUGCAUUAAUCCUGAAGCUCAUGGUUCCCCAGAUGAGU